GCAGCAUUUCCUGCUGGGCACUCCUCAUUAACAAAUUUAUCUAGCGUUCCACAUAUUGUGGUUGUUGUAAAGCUUGGGCUAUAGUGAUAGGUAGCGGCAAUGAGCGACACUUCCGCUGCCCGUCAGACUUUUCCUCAAGAUUCACCAUCUAUACCCGUAAGUCGAUCAACACGCCUUCGUGAAACUGGCGGGAAGCCAAGUCGACAAGCAUCUUUCUUUGGUGAUUUGAAUAGCGCAGGCUUAGAGGAUGGUGGUCGUAAUGUCGCCGCCAACUAUCAAGAGAUUCAGAAGAAAACACUCACGAAAUGGGUCAACGCUCAGCUGUCUACGGUGGGCGACAGCAUAAGCAAUCUCGACACUGAUCUAAAAGAUGGCAAGAGAUUGCUCAAGCUCUUGUCGGUUGUAUCUAAGGAACCAGCACCCAAGCCAGAAAGAGGAAAUAUGCGAAUCCACCAGCUUUCAAAUGUUUCACAAGCGUUAUCGUUCCUUGAGCGUCAGUUAGGAGCUGAAACAUUGCCCAAUAUCGGCAACGAAGCAAUUGUUAAUGGAGACGUCAAAAAGACGCUAGCCCUGAUUUUUUUCAUCAUGCUCAAGUACCAGAUGCAACCCAUAACGGACAAUCCUGACGAUGCCAUGAUGAUGGAACCAGAGGAAAUGCAUGAGGAUAUAAACGGAGAAAUGGGAUCAUCGCAGUCUUCAGCGACUUUGGAUGAUCAGCAGCAUGAUGAAAGUGUAUUACCUCAAGGGGAGCCUCAACAAACCGGCGUUCUGCCGGCAAUCGCAACCGACGUCAAGCAGCAACCGUCGCAAACGCCGCCAAAGGUUGUAGGGAAGCUUUCUCAAAAAGCCCCACCGCAAAAAUUGUCUUCCAUUUCGAAAAAGGGCUCGUCUCAGCAAGGGCCAGGAAAGGCCGACGCCAAACUCGCAUUAUUGUACUGGGUGCGCACGCAGUUAGAGGCAUAUAUUGUUUCGUCUAUUAUCCCAGCCGUUGGCGACUUUUCCAAAUCGUGGAGAAAUGGUGUUGCUUUCUGUUUACUAAUUCAUCACCAUGAUCCGGAAUUAAUACCCAAUUUGAUGACCGAAUACCUUCAGCUUGACCUGAAUGAUAAGGCUAACUGGCAAACUCUUUUGACGUUGGCAUUCGAUACCGCUGCGACGCACAUGAACAUUCCAAAAUACCUGGACCCUGAGGAUCUUACCGAUGUGGACUAUCCAGAUGAACCCAGCGUCAUGAUGUAUGUUAGUGAGUUUUACAAGGCGAUGUCUCGACCAAAGCGCCAAGCUUCUCUUCCAAAAUCGGCUUCUUUCAAAUGGGAAGCCAAAGCAUCUCCAGUUCUACCAGAAGUUAUUGAAGAAGAUAAGGCAACAAGCAACGAAACUCCUGUACCGAAGCCUCUAUCUGCAACCGAAAUGUCACCACCACCCACGCCUACUCCAACCCAGCAACGGAAGCAGCUAACAGGGCAAAUUCCACGUGGUAUUGAUUCAAACUUGGACCAAUUCCUCACUAUCCAUGAGACACUUUUGUCAUUCAUAAAAUUGCACCGUGGAACCAUCAGUGACAUACCCACAUCACUUUCUAUGGCAGACGCCAAAAAGAUCGUUGAAUAUAUCAAUUUAUUGGUGGAUAUCGAAAGUCAAUGCAAUGAACAGGCUGGACAAGUUACUAUGGCAAUGGACAUCAAGAGCAACCUUGAGAAACAAUGGAAAGACGGAAACAACCAGGUUUUCAUCAAUCUUACCAUGGAGCAGCGCAAAAGAAUUCUAGACAUGGCGUCUAAUAUUGAACAAAAGUGGAGAGGAUUUAAUCAGCUUGUGCAGACUACCAAAGAGCAUCUUUUGGAACAGAACCUCCAUAUCGCCAAUAUUCAGGUGCAAGUGGAUGACUUUGACCAUCAAUGUUCUUCAAUCCUGUCUGCUAUUGCGUCCAAACAGCAGCAAGUAGAUGAAGCAUGCCCAACGAUCGAAAAGGACGGUCAGCUACAUAAGAUGCAUCCAUUGGAGGCAACGGAUGAUCACGCCGAACAAUAUAGCAUAGAAAUAGAUCGUCUGGAGCUGACACUAGAUGCAUUUACUGAGGUACAAUGGCAACCAUUCCUCAAAGGAAUUGAUCACGCCUCUGCUGAUGUGCAACUGGCUAUCCACGAGCGACUUGAUGAAUGUCACCAACAGUACAAUCGACUAUGGCAGAGCUUUCACGAUGAACAAACCAAGAGCAAAGAGUUUCAUCGAGGUAUCACCUUUGUCACCGUUUCUGAUGCCAUCGGAAGCGAACUAGAUGAAGUUCAAAGUCGUAUGGACAAUGCCAAAUCAAGCACAACAGAAGACGGUAUUCAGGACUUGGAAGGACGAGUCAGCAUUGUUCAUGAUAUGUUGAGUAACUUCAGAGACCGGUUUUCGGACUUAGUGGGUGACAAUCUGGAAAAUGACGAUGCAGAAGACAAUGAACCACAUCAACCGUUAUCAGAGUACUAUGCAAGAUUCAAAACUGUGUUUGAGGAUUUAGAAAGCAAGUAUGAACGUGUACGAGACUGGGUCGAUCAAGUCAGAGUCUGGUUCGUUGAAGCUGAGCGAAUUCGAAAAUGGAUUGAAGUUCGAAUUGGGAUCAUCGAAAGUGAAGAUGAAUCUCGCCUAGAGGCGCUUGGACCGGAUGUUUUAAUCUCUCAUGAAGAAGUCUUGGAACUACAUCAAGCUCAUGAAAAGCUUGAGAGGGAAGUGGAACGGUUCAAUCAAGAUGAUAUGACCCGUCUUCGUGCUCACGUCAAGGCUUUGACUGGAUCCGAUCGAGAGACAAAACUGAGUCCGGCAGAUACCACGACCAUAGAAAUUACCUUGACCACUUUGAAUAUUCUUGACCGACUCUUGCACAUGCUUCGUCAACGCCAAGCUUUACUUCAGGAACUUCUUCUACGUGUCGAAUGGGAAGAAAAGUUUGAACAUGCUGUGGUCUGGGUCAUGGACAUGGACAGACGUGUUGAUGGAUUCCUAUUUGGAAAUGCGAGAUGGACCAUUCGCGAGGAGCAUAUCGAAACGGAUGCUGAGGGUCAACCUUCUAAAACCGUCAUGGAACAAGUGAUUGCUAUCCUGCUUGACGUAGAACAAUCUGUUGCUGAUUUCGAUCAAGGAUUCUACGCUGAAACGUUGGAUGCUUAUCAAGAUCUGGAUGAUGUUGUUUCCGAAGACAUGCCUGAAUAUCUCUCAACUCGUCAGACUGGCUUUGAGGGAACUUUUGAAGACCUGAGCAAGCGCGUGGCAUUCACCAGACAAGCUGUUGAGCAGCACCUUGCAGUUAUGGAUUUGAUGACUCAGUUCCAGCAUGUGAAGGAAGAAGGAGAGCGUCUUCGAAGAGAUCUCAGUGCAGCUGAACGCACUGCCAAGGCUGAUGAUACCGAUACCCAAUUUUCCGAACGAACCGCUGAUUUCCAAGAGCAUUCAGUACACCUUGUCACCAACGUUGCCCCUCGCAUCCCGUAUCCGGCGACACCUCAGUAUGAAACUGCCGUAGGUGCUCGAGACCACCAAGAGAACGAUGUUGUCAAUCACGAGAUCAAGAGUGUCAUUGCUGCACAGGGAAUGCAACUAGCAUUGAUUGCGGAGGGAAUUGAUCAAAAGCUUGCUUCUUAUCGACACGUACUUGAACUGCAAAAGCGGUGUAAGCAGCUUUGUGAUGAAAUGGCCCGCAUGACAGUCUGGAUGGAUGAAAAAGUGGAUGUUCUCAACCAGUCCAAGAUUGACCUUGCAUUCUCUGGACCGCUUCCUAUUGAUGAAGACGAACUUUUACGCCUUGAAAAGGAGAAGGAUGGUAUUCACACUCGACUUCGUAUACUAGAAGAAGGCGAAUUAUCCGAACUUUUUGACAAUGUUCGACAACUUGAAGUGGAUGUCGAUGCGUCAAGUUCAGUGGCUGUUGACCGAAGUGCGGUUAUUUGCAGUGUAGAGGCUCUUGGUGACCAGCAUCAAUUGUUGAGAAAGACCCUCGAUCAACAUACCGAGUGCUUGGACAUUACCAGAAAGCGUCAUUCUUGGGAGACUCAAGUCAAUCGAUGCCAGCAGUGGAUUGCAGCAACAGUCCGAAAGUUAUGUGAAUUUGCUGACAAAAAAGCGCAGUGUCAUCCGACACUCGAUACACUCCCAAGCUUUAGUGACGACGAUGAAAUCUCUCAGGUCUUCCAACAAUUUCAAACCCGUCUUUCUGAAUUUCAGGAGCGCCAACUUGCUGUUGCGUUAUCAUCAUAUGAGAAUUUAUUGGAAACCUAUUCGGACCUUUUCCUAAACAGCGAUUCAAUUCCAACCUAUGUUACUGAUAAUCAGAAGCAGCUGCUGUUAAGUUACCAUAGUCUGGAGGAUCUUUAUACCUAUGUGUCUCAACUUUUGUCCCAGCGAUCCAUCUACACCGAGUAUGUAUUGCGAAGUAUGGAAGUACAACGGGAAGGUGACAAGUUACGAGAUGCCAUCGGCAAGACUUCCAGAAGGAUCAUGGACGAUUCAACUGUGGUUUUUGACGAGCGUAUAUCAACUUUCCGAAACGAAAUUGAAAAAGGUCAAACGGAAUGCAUUGAUAAGCUGCCUAUGCCUUCGUUGUCCGCUGCUUUGAAUCAGGCUUGGACAUCGGACACUCAAGGAAAGCCAGACACCCAGUCUUCCAUUCAAGUAGUGCAAGCCAUGAACAAGAAACAACAAGAACUAGAGGCUCUUGCCACUACAAUCGAAACCUUGAAUGCCGGUUACAUUCGUGCUGUGACUUGUAAAGACGACAUUGCGAGGUACGAUAACCAACUUCAAGAUCUGCAAGGUUGGAUUUUGUCGCGGAACAAAACUCUUGUGUCUUCUCGCAUCAUUGUCACUAGUGAAGCCAUCGGUGACCUCACAGACGACUACAUUGUAAAAAAGAAGACCGAAUUGCAGCAAGCAGAGGAAGAAUCGCGUCACUUUGAACAAGAGCGACUUCGGGUGGUGCAUGACAAGCUUGCAGACUUCGUACAUCACGUCCUUGGCCAAAGCGAGUUUAAGAAUUUGGAUGUGUCCAAGGUUGCCAAUGCUCUUGAUAAAACUUUAGCCUCCUUCCGUCAACUCCAGGAUGAGCUGAUGUAUCAGCGUGAACUCAUUGUCACCGGAGAGGAGAGGGCGAAAUACGAAACACAUGUUGCGGAACUCUCAAAUUUGCUGCAAACCAUUGGCAAGCGGCUGGGUGUUUUAGUCGUAACGAGGGACGCCCUUCUUGCCCGUGAUGAUUUAGAUGAAAAGCAUCUUGGAAAGUUUUACAACGAGCUCAUAGAUGUUGAGGAUGAAAUCCAAAAUGCUGCCAAGGAUAUGUUUACCACUUGCCAAGCCCAUUACGACAUAUUCGUGGAUAAGCUCACCAAGCUGAACCCUCCUUUGAAUGAACCUGAACACCUGCGUCUCAAACUCCAACGAUUGCAGCGCAGCAUUUCUCAGACUGAAGAGACUCUGACAACCCGUCUCAAGGAGCAUUCAUUGUUGGAGCGUAGACUGGAGCUUGACAAUGCCAUCCUUGCAUCCUUACUGCAGUUGAAGACAAUGAAGGACACGACUUUCAAAUUUAUUGAAGAAAAGGCAAGAUGGCACUCCAACACAGAAACAGUCGCUAGUGAUAGUCUUAUGGAUGAAUACGAAGAUCUCUUUGCCGAAUUUGAAGUCUAUAAGCAAUCGAUCGUGGAGCCUCUUUGUUCUCAGUAUAAAGCUUAUGAAAGUGAUACCACUUUCCACGGCACUCAAUUUAUCAAUCACAUUGAAAAGAAGAUCGAGCAGCUCAAAAGCAUUGCAUCAGCCACAGAGGGGUCACUUCAGUUUGCGAAAUCCAUUGUCACUCAAAAUCUCGAUAUCCAGGCUUUCAUUGCUCACGCCAAUUCCCUCGAAUCUACAGCUAUCAUCAUUCGUAAUGCUUUAACCAGCAGGGGAAAUGUGGAAGAAACGCAGACCAUGGUGGCCAAGUUUGUACAAGAUGUUGCAGGUGUUCUAGACCAAGUGUCGACCAAGAUUGAAUUCCCCUCUCGACCCAACGAUGAAGAUGUCUCUGAGCAAACUCAGCAACGAGACCAAUCUGCGGAGAGUGUCAUUAAGGAGACUAUCAGUGCAAGGAAUACGAGACUGCAAGAACUUUCCAGCUCUCUCCGAUCGCUUUUGGAAUCAACGGAACGAUUGUCCCGUCGUAUGUCUGCAAUUCAAUCCUACCGUGUGCAAGCUGAUUCGGCUAAGCAAUGGAUCGAAAGCCGUAUGCAAUCUCUUUCAACCAUUACGUCCAAAAGUCAAGAUACCACAAGCGCGCAGGAUCUGCGAGAUUACUUAAAGCAGGCUGAGUCUCUGGAUACGAUGGUCAACGCCUACCAACAUGUAUAUAUUUCAAUCAAGAGUGAGAGCCUAGUGUGUCUGAAGGUGUUAGAAGAAGAAACCGACGGCUCGGAUAGCGCACAGGAUACUCAGAAUGUUCAGGAUAUUCAGGAAGACCUGGAUGAUCUGUGGAGGAACUUGCAAGACAAAUCACAAGCUACGCUUCUUCACUUACACUCGUCAUACCAGUCAAAGGAGUGCCUUCAAAACGCCAACAAUUUGUUGAUCCAUCUGAAGGAGCUUCUCGAAACGACACUAAAUGUGGAUUUAUCCACCAUUGUCGAUGAAUCGCUUGAUGAAUGGCAAAACGAAGUGUCUCGCCUGGAGCAAAGAGACUUGCAUGAUAUUCAGAACAUGAUCUCUUCCAGUUCAAAAGAUUUCUUGACAUCUGAUCUUUCCAAAAUCCAAGACGUCAUGGAUAACUGCGAAGAAGUUGUAGCUCAAAUUCGCAAGCAACUGACUGUAUUGUAUGACCAAGCCAAUAUCAACGGUCUUCGCAAAAAUUACUUGAGCAAUGCUAUUCCUCUCCAGGAGCAGUGCGAUGAUAUUCUCAGAACGUUAUCCGGGCUAAUAGAGGGUAACAUGAUACUAUCGCCUACCGAUGACAACCAACGUAUCUCUACCCAUGAUGAUAUAGUAUCUCAGUAUCAGAGCAUCGCCAUCACGGUCAAUGACCAAAAAGAUCCAUUUGAAGAUGUCCGGUCGUUGUUUGCAUUUGUCAUAGCACAGCAACAUAUGGAUGAUGUCAAGAGUGUACAAACCACACUGGAUGAAAGUUGGGCUCUCAUAUCUGUAAAGAGUUCUGCGAUGGCAAAUUUGGUGCGACACAUCAAGCAAUUAUGUGACAAUUAUCAAGUAGUAGAUGAUGUUUAUCUCCAGAUUCAAACUCACAAUGAGGAGCUGCAAGCAGUGUUGGCAGCUGACAAGGCCUCUGCUGAAGAAUCGCUCAAGGCGUUGUUACAGAAAAUGUCUGACGACAAGCGUGUCCUUGGCGACGUAGAGGAAGUAGCUAUCAGCCUUAAACAAUUGAGGACUGAUGAUGUACCGGCCAUGCAACAAAAUGCAGAUAACUUUCAUAAGCAUGUUACAAGCAUUGUCAGUCUGUUGAAUGAGCAAAUCAAAUCAACUGAGCAAGCUCAAGAUAAUGUCGCUGCAGCAGCCAACUUGCAACAGUUUCAUGCUGAUGUUGCUGACUUUGUUCAAAACCAAGAGGCAAGUCGCAGUACACUGCAUGCCUAUUUCAGCAAGCAUCAUAUGGUAGACUCUGUUGAUACCCUGGAGGUACUUCUCACAGAAUUCAAUAUGGCACUUGCAGCGUUUGAAGACAACCUAGUUCAAGCUCAGGAUGCUGCCGAAAAUCUGCGUCACAGGAAAAAGAGUAUACUACGACGAUGGCCACAAGCAUCAUUGGAAGAAGCUACUCUAUCGAUAGACGCUACCAUGCAAAAGUUGGAACAAACACUUGUGUUAGCCAAGACAGUGCAAGGCAUACUUGGCAGAUUAUUUGAGUACGAAAAGGAUGCCGCAAGCAUAACCGAACAGCUGUCUUCUUGGAAACUGGCUGUCACUCAAAACGUCAUCGGGGCUUCACAAUCAGCCGCCAAGGACGGUACCAGCCAUGUUGAUGAGCUAAGAAAUAAGCUUGAAAACUUUGAACGCACCGUUAUUCAAUCGUUUGAAACAUCUUGUAAGAAGAUCUGCAUGCAGUGUGACAAGUCAAGUUCUGAAGAAACGUCACUGUUCUCAGAAGCCAAGACUGUCACGGUGUCUAAGCACAAAGCUAUCUUGAAGGACUGGAAUAAUCUCAAGACUUUCUUGGGUCAUGCACAACAAAAUGCUGAAGACAGCAAAUUGAACAGCCUUGCAGCAGAGAAGAUCACUGAACUCAUGCGAUACGUUUCCGACACCACACGUCAUAUCCAAAGUCUCAAAUUAUCAGAACCUCCCGUCACAGUUGAUGUCAAGGAGUUUGAGGCCAUUCAGAAAGAAUUGAAGCAAACGCUGGCAAAGAAGACCCAAGAUCUGGAUGACUUGUUUGCUCGAGGAUUUGCAGAAGAUGAGAGAGUGGCGGAGUUACGAAGCAAAGUUGAAAGCCAAGUUAGCGACCUUACUCAAUUGAUUGAGGAACGUAAACAACACACAGAAAUGGCUGAAAAAUUGAAGGGCCACAUGUUACUUAUUGACCAGCUGGACUUGGAUAUUGGACGUGUUGCCACCAGCGUCGAUAAACUUGCUCCGCAACAUGCCAGAUUAAUUGAGAACCAACUCAUAAAAUCAGAUCUUCAAUCCAUGCUUCAAUCGCUUUAUCAGAUCCGGGACAAACGGGGUAAGACGAUCGAAAGCCAGUUAGAGGUAGCCAAAAAAUCCUCCGACGAAAUUAUGAAUGACUGGAAGGCGGAUAAACGGCUGGCUAAAGUGAUUGACAAAUGGCAUAAACUUCAAAAGCUUAUGCAUGUCAGAGGACAAGAAUUGGAAAUCUGUAUUCAACGCUUGGAUCAUGAAUUCUAUACUAAACUUGCCGCAGCCAAAACAAACGCACCAGUGCGACCUCGUAGACCAUCCAUGACACCUAGCAACAGCAGCCAAACACGAAGUCAAAUGUCGAUACAUCGCAACUCCUCCAAAAUUUCAUUACAAAGCUAUAGUUCGACCGAGUCGAUUCGGAGAUAUAGGAGUAGAAGUCCUGGACCCGGCCAUUACAAUAAUAAUAAUAGUCUGGUAAAGCCUCAUCCUAGAUACGAAUACUUAUCAGAUCCACAUAGUGAUCUCGACACUGCGGUCGGACGUAUCAUUAACGCGUCCCCUUAUCCAAUCAAGGUCAAGCGGGUACCAGGCGAAGUUGGCAAGUAUUGGUUUGGUGAAGACAACCCCCGCCUGGUAUACUGUCGCAUUCUUCCCAGUAAUUUGGUCAUGGUUCGAGUUGGAGGCGGAUGGGUUGAACUUGCCCAAUUCUUAGCAGACCACGGCGUUAAGGAAGGAACUUUUACGCGUGUAAAAGACGAUCUACAAACAUCAUCUGAUAACCUGGUACCACCACGGUCUGUGUCGCCGUCGGGAAGAGUCACUUUACGAGGUGGAGGAGGCGGAGCUUCAAAUGUAAACUCAACCCUUCGGUUAAACGGUCCAUUAAACUCAACAACCUCCACCCCUCUGACUGCCGGCUUUAAGGAAGGAAAUACAUUUGUGAGAAUAGACGACCAAGGUAAUCACCUGGUAUCCAAGAUGACCAAGGCGAAGGACUCGGAAACGUGGAGACCAUGAUACCCCUCACCACCACAGUGUAUAUUUUUUAUUAUUAUAUUCUCAUAAAGGACAACUUUUCUUAAUCCUCAUUAUAAAGGAAAACGUGGGCAUCAGAUAUAAAGUCGCAGGGUAAAUAAGAAAAAAAAAAUUUGUAACCUUGUUAUUUAUUAUCUGAUCCACAUUUGAGAGAACCCUCUUUGCCCUUUCUCUCUUGUCAAAAUGGCACAAGAUUUAUUCAAUGUCCCCAUCUUCUUCAUUUUGUUCAGAGAAACAACAGAGGUAUGAAUUCUCUCAUUGGGUCAUUACUCCAGUUACUC